AUGGUGUUUUCUUGGCGAGGAGGCUUCGAAGCUCGGUGCCUGCUACUCUCGGUUUUGCUACUCUCAGCCUGGGAGUCUGGGAGCGGCCAGGUCCAUUACUCGGUUCCCGAGGAGGCAAAACACGGCACAUUCGUGGGCCGCAUCGCUCAGGACCUAGGACUGGAGCUGGCGGAGCUGGUGCCCCGCCUGUUCCGGGUGGCGUCCAAAGGCCGCGGGGAACUUCUGGAGGUAAAUCUGCAGAAUGGCAUUUUGUUUGUGAAUUCUCGGAUCGACCGGGAGGAGCUGUGCGGGCGGAGCGCGGAGUGCAGCAUCCACCUGGAGGUGAUCGUGGACCGGCCGCUGCAGGUGUUCCAUGUGGAGGUGGAGGUGAAGGACAUUAACGACAAUCCGCCAGUAUUCAGAGGAGAACAAAAGGUACUCAUUUCUGAAUCUGCUCCUUUGGAGUCUCGUUUUCCUCUAGAGGGCGCGUCUGAUGCGGAUAUCGGCCUAAACUCUCUUCUGACCUAUAGGUUAAGUCUAAAUGAGUAUUUUACUCUUAAACUAAUAACGAAAACCGACAGAAGUAUAUUGCCUGAACUCAUUCUUCGGAAGUCAUUGGAUAGAGAAGAAAUACCAGAACAUAAUAUGUUGCUGACCGCUCUGGAUGGCGGUAAACCCCAGCUAACAGGAUCUGUUCAGAUUCAAAUAACCAUCCUGGAUGUUAAUGACAAUGCUCCUGAGUUUGAUAAGCCUGGCUAUAAAGUGGAGCUGUUUGAAAAUGUCCCAAACGGCACUAGAAUCAUUCAACUAAACGCUUCUGAUCUAGAUGAAGGGCCAAACAGAGAAAUUUCCUAUGGAAUCAGAAUGAUUCUGCCACAGAGUGAGAAAUGUAUGUUUUUAAUAAAUCCAGAAACAGGUGAAAUUAGAAUUUAUGGGAAACUGGAUUUUGAAGAGAAUAAUGAGUAUGAAAUCCAGGUUAACGCCAUUGAUAAAGGGAUUCCGCCCAUGGCUGGUCAUUGCACGGUCCUGGUGGAAGUUCUAGACCUGAAUGACAAUACCCCUGAGGUAAGGAUCACUUCGCUCUCGCUCCCAGUGCGGGAGGACGCUCUGGUGGGCACUGUCAUUGCCUUGAUCAGCGUGUCUGACUGUGACUCCGGCGCCAAUGGGCAGGUGACCUGCUCACUCACACCACCCCAUUUCCCCUUCAAGCUGGUGUCCACCUUCAAGAAUUACUAUUCACUAGUGCUGGACAGCGCCCUGGACCGCGAGAGUGCGUCGAACUAUGAGGUGGUGGUGACAGCGAGGGACGGUGGCUUGCCUUCUCUCUCGGCCACCGCCAGCGUGUCCGUGGAGGUGGCCGACGUGAACGACAAUGCACCCGAGUUCCCACAGCCCGAGUACACCGUGUUCGUGAAGGAGAACAACCCGCCCGGCUGCCACAUCUUCACCGUGUCGGCGCGGGACGCGGACGCGCAGGAGAACGCGCUGGUGACCUACUCGCUGGUGGAGCGGCGGGUGGGCGAGCGCGCGCUGUCGAGCUACGUGUCGGUGCACGCGGAGAGCGGCAAGGUGUACGCGCUGCAGCCGCUGGACCACGAGGAGCUGGAGCUGCUGCAGUUCCAGGUGAGCGCGCGCGACGCGGGCGUGCCGCCCCUGGGCAGCAACGUGACGCUGCAGGUGUUCGUGCUGGACGAGAACGACAACGCGCCUGCGCUGCUGCCGCCCGGGCCAGGCGGAGGACCCAGCGCGGCUCCCAAGGCCUCUUCGCGGGCGUUGUCUGGUGCAGCUGGCGCAGAGAUGGCGUUAGUGGAUGUGAACGUGUACCUGAUCGUCGCCGUCUGCGCGGUGUCCAGCCUGUUGGUGCUCACGCUGCUGCUGUACACGGCGCUGCGGUGCUCGGCGCCGCCCAGCGAGGGCGCGUGCGGGCCGGGGAAGCCCAGGCUGGUGUGCUCCAGCGCGGUGGGGAGCUGGUCUUACUCGCAGGAGAGGCGGCAGAGGGUGUGCUCUGGGGAGGGGCCGCCCAAGACCGACCUCAUCGCCUUCAGUCCCUGUCUUCCAGCUCUUCCUCCUUGUCUGAGUUCUGCGGAGGGACCAGGUGAAAUAGAAGCAGAAUUAGAGCAGAUGAAAAAGCCACGACAGCCCAACCCUGACUGGCGUUACUCUGCCUCCCUGAGGGCAGGAAUGCACAGCUCUGUGCACCUGGAGGAGGCUGGCAUUCUCCGGGCUGGUCCAGGGGGACCCGAUCAGCAGUGGCCGACAGUAUCCAGUGCGACACCAGAACCAGAGGCAGGAGAGGUGUCCCCUCCAGUCGGGGCUGGUGUCAACAGCAACAGCUGGACCUUUAAAUAUGGACCAGGCAACCCCAAACAAUCUGGUCCCGGUGAGUUGCCAGACAAAUUCAUUAUCCCAGGAUCUCCUGCAAUCAUCUCCAUCCGGCAGGAGCCUACUAACAGCCAAAUUGACAAAAGUGACUUCAUAACCUUCGGCAAAAAGGAGGAGACCAAGAAAAAGAAGAAAAAGAAGAAGGGUAACAAGACCCAGGAGAAAAAAGAGAAAGGGAACAGCACGACUGACAACAGUGACCAGUGA